UUUUUACGAUCUUUAAUUGUUUAGUCCUAUGUUGUACGUAGUGCGGCCGGAUAGUGUUAAAUGAUGUAAAGCAGUUAGAUGGACGUGACGAGCGCACUUUUUCGUGAUGAUUCAUUUCGUAAUUAAGUUUCAUUUAUGCGCAUAACUUUUUACUUUUUCUUUAUAAAAUCUAGCUAGGGAAACACUAAAGACAUGUUCAUCUGUUGCGGCUGGUGCAUCGGUAAACAGCGGUUUUCUAUCGUUUCCAGGCGUUUGCUAAUGAUCAGAAAUAUUUUACACCGCUAGAAAACUUUCCUAUUCAAAAGUUCGUUGUCGUCAUCAAAUUUGAGUUACAGAACUUAGUACUGAGCUUCGAUUUUAAAAAUCAGUUAAACUGGUAAGAAAAACAGCAUUUUCGAUAUCUAGGCUAGUUCACAUUUUUUAAAAUGCCAGGGAAGUGCACAAGAAAGUGUUCCAACAUGGUAUAUAACUUUGACGAACACCAAAAAGAAGAUCAGAAGGCAAAAACAUUAACAGAAGGGACAUUACUGAUAUCCUAACCUGAAAUAUGGUGUUACAUUUUCGUAUCAAUGAAGGUGAGUUGUGUUUUAAACUCAAGUAAACAACAUAAUUGUUUAUUAAAUUAGAAAAUGCACUUAUUUUUUCCAUAAUAAGUAAAUCAGACAUUCUGAGGUCUUCCGUACCACAAAGCGUGUUUUUACAGUUUAACUUAAUCUAGUUUCCAGAUUGAUUCGGGUUCGCUAAUUGAAUACUCGGCAAAUGAUUUCAGUCCUUAAUCUUUCUUCGGAUAGCCCCUAGCUGCUUAAGAUGGUUAAGGGGGACAGGAAGACGUGGAAGGCAAACUAUUUCCUUAAACUCGUCCAGCUUCUGGAUGAAUAUCCUAAAUGCUUUAUCGUUGGAGUUGACAAUGUGCGAUCUAAGCAAAUGCAGCAGAUCCGAACCUCCCUUCGGGGCACCGCCGUACUUCUUAUGGGCAAAAACACCAUGAUGCGUAAGGCCAUCAAGGGACACAUUGAAAGUAGUCCGGCUCUUGAAAAGCUGCUGCCCAACAUCAAGGGUAAUGUGGGCUUUGUAUUUACCAAGGACGAUCUGUGUAAUGUUCGUGAGAAGAUAAUGACUAACAAAGUUAAAGCUCCUGCCCGUGCCGGAGCAAUCGCCCCUAUCGAUGUAUAUGUACCUCCGCAGAAUACCGGCCUGGGUCCUGAGAAAACUUCUUUCUUCCAAGCCCUGCAUAUUCCCACAAAAAUAUCCAAGGGGACGAUUGAAAUCAUAAAUUCUAUCCAUUUGAUUAAGGCCGGCGACAAAGUCGGAGCUUCUGAGGCCACCCUUCUCAACAUGUUGAACAUUUCACCCUUUUCGUACGGUCUAGUUAUUGAAGCAGUUUACGACAACGGCACCAUCUUCGCUCCCCAUAUUCUGGACAUUACUCCGGAUGAUUUGAAGGAGCGCUUUAUGAACGGAGUCCGCAACGUGGCGGCUGUCUCACUCCAGAUUGGCUACCCCACGCUGGCGUCGGCACCGCACUCGAUUAUUAAUGGAGUCAAGAGGCUCAUUGCAAUCGCCUUGGCAACCGACAUAGAGUUCGAGGCGGCUAAUACGGCCAAGGAAUACCUGAAAGAUCCGUCGAAGUUCAUCGUCGCAGCCCCUGAAGCCGCAGCUGAUGAAGUUGCGACCCCCGAACCCAAAAAAGAAGAGAAGGAAGAGUCGGAAGAUGACGAUGAAGACAUGGGUCUCGGUCUCUUUGGUUAAGCUUGAGAAAAGGCCACUUGCCAUUUUUGGUUGCUGAAGUGCAUCGCAAAGUUCAAAGAAGGUCUACUGGGUCAACGUUUGGACCACAGACGCCGGAACUUCUAGUUAUUUGAACUAGUCAUUUAGGACAAAAGAACCUAAUCAGAUAAAUCGAUGCUGUUACUGUCAAUAAAUAUUACAGCGAAAUGUUCUUAUCUGAA